CUCUGACCCCUCCGAAUCAAACGUGGCGGCUGACGACCUUCCUUGUGCAAGUCUUCCUCCUCCUCUUCUUCUUUUUCCUUCUCAUCGGUCCUUAUAUAUACAUCAGCACGAGCUCGCCAUGGCAUCAUCAGCAAUUCCCAGUUCAUUCCUGCCUCCGUCUCCAGUAGCUUGCUUUGCUCGCAGAUUGUUCCUUUUUUCUUUUUCUCCGGCGACUCGAGAUCGUGGCUAGCUAGAGCCUAGAUGGCCUCUUCCAUGGCGGGCGCGGCGGGGGAGGAGAAGGCGGCGGCGGGGGCGGGGCGGCGGGGGAUGAUCGUGAUCGACCGGCAGGCCGUCGACCGGGGGAUCGCCUACGCGCUCAUGGUCGUCGCGCUCGUCGCCACCUACGCGCUCCACUAGCUCGAUCAAUCGGCUCAGGGAGGAGGAGGAGGAGAAGAAGAAGUCGUUCCCCUUCCCCUACCAACCUGCACUUCGAUCGAUCGAUGCCAAAAGUCUAUAACUAUAGAACCUGAUUCUUUCUUAUUCAAUUCUUCUUUUUAGAGAAGGUUAAUUAAUUGUGUGUGUGUGUGUGUGAGAGAGAGAGAGAGAGAGAGAGAUCGAUGGAUAAUUUGGAUAUGUACACUAUACCAAGUGGGUUAAUUAACUGGAUGUACUCUUCUGCAUAUUUUGGUGUUCAUUGGUAACAGUUUGGCAUUGGAAUGUCUGGUAAAUCGAUGAUUUACCCCUUUCGCCUCCAAAUACAGAUUUAAAUAUUAUUUUGUACUAGAGAAGUAGAAAUGUAGUGAUAUUUUCGGGAGCAGUUGAUAAUCUGAAUGCUCUGCCACAUCUUCACAGGUUGAACAAUCAAAUUACGUAUUGGCUGGUUAUACUUGUAUCUUUUCUUGAGUCGUCGUCAUUCGUCAACACGCUGAAUAUUCUUUGGAGUCCUCUAUAGAUAGUAGAGCCGUAGAGGGGCGAUGAGAGAUGGAAACUUUCUUUUGAACGGGCAAAAAGUCUGCCAUUUCAUUUAUAGGAGAGAGAAAAACACGGACCGUUCUUACAAGAGGGCCAGAGUAAAAAGCGAAAACAUGAUACAAUAAUUAUUAGGUAACCGAUGGCAACAAGUAUUUGCAAACGGUGGAGGAUCAUCUAAUUACCCUCCCAAACUAUCGCAGUCAUCUGAAUUACCCCAUAAACCAUUAAACCGGACAUUCUUCACCCCUAAUUAUGCAAACCGGACGAAUUACCCCCCUCGACCCAAUCCACGGUAGUUUUGGUCUACGUGGCGUACACGUGGCAGUCCAGUCAGCGUUUUUUAAAUUAAAAAAUUAUGAGACCCACAUGCCAUACACUUCUUACUCUCUCCCUAUUCUCUCUCUCACUCUUUUCUCUCGCACAGCGAGGACGAGCGCGGGGAUGGGCGGUCGGCGAGGUGAGGCGAGCACGGUGGCGUUGACGUCGGCGCGGAGGCAGAGGCGGCGCGGACGGCGGAGGAGCAUGGCGGCGGAGCUGUGUGGCGGCGGAGGAGCGAAGGUGGAGGAGGAGCGUGGCGGCGGAGAAGCGGAGGCGGCGGAGGAGCGGAGGCAGCGGAGGAGGUGGAGGCGGAGUCAGUUGUGGCGGAGGCAGAGGCAAGGUUUGUGGUGAGAGCGUGCAGCGGCGUGGUUAGCGCUUUGGCACAGCAACAGGGAGGAAGGCGCGCGCAGGUGCAUGCAUGAGCAAGAAGAGGAGAGAAGGAGGUGGCGGAGGAAACAGCGGCUGCGACCCGCCGGUGAUCGAUGCGCUGUCCAUGGACGGCGGCCUCCGCGAGGUGUCCCUCUCUGUCGUCUUCUCCGUCUGGUGCCUCCUCCUCCUCCUCCUCCUCCUUUGCUCCCAGUUCCUCCACAGCCAGACCGACCCUUCAGGUACCCACGAACGAUCCACCUCCUCUCAUGGAUCGAUCAAUGUCAUGUCACCCUGGCGUUUGAUUGAUCGCUUCUUUGUAGAUUUCUAUGAUGACGUCGAGGACGGAAUGCGUGAAAACUACUGCAAGGUAAUGCCGCUGGAGGCCUACAUUUUCCCAACUGAGUAUAACGCCUCUGCGGCCGCGCCGACAUGCCAGCCAUCGUUGCACCCCCCGGAGCCACAGCAGGAAACCGACCACCGGAGCCUGGAGCCGUUCAACAACACAACCGGCGGCAAAUCGUCCGCGGAGGCGGCGCUCGAUUAGCUCGACGAGUUCCAGAACCGGAUCCUGCAGGGCAAGGCCGAGAACGGCUGCGUCCCCGACGGCGCGGCGGCCCACCGGCUCGAGCCAAGCGGCGGGGAGUACAACUACGCGGCGGCGUCCAAGGGCUCCAAGGUGCUCGCCCACAACCGGGAGGCCAAGGGCGCCGCCAACAUCCUCGGCGCCACGCUCCUCCGCUACCACACAGCUCCGCUGCCACGCUCCUC